AUGCUCAUCAACCUGACUCAAACCGUCAAGGCCUUUCAUGGAACGCUGCCUCCCCUCCCCGCCGCCCCUGCUCCUGUGCUAGUGAAAGCCAUGGAUUCAUGCACGGUGAUGAUGCCACCCAUGGUAGCUCCCCCGCCACCUCCGCCCCCUCCUCCGCCACCUCCACCUGCUUCCUCGUCAACUUUAACCCGAGUGUGCGGUGCCAAUCGGAGUCGCCUGAGGAAGCUCAACUGGGAGCGUAUCCCCAAAGAGAAGGUGGAGGGGAGGAAGAGCGUAUGGAGCGGCGCGGGCCCGGGUGAGGAUGAGUUUCCCAUCGAUCUUCACUCGUUGGAUGAACUGUUUGGCCAGAAGGACUGUAAGCCUCAGGAUAGGACAACCACUCUGAGACGGCGGUCUGCUCUGCUACGUUGCAGAACUCCUCAGGACAGUCCAGAAGAGAUAUCCCUGCUGGACUCCAAACGCAGCAUGAACAUUGGGAUAUUCCUUCGCCAGUUCAAAAUGCCGGCUAAGGAGAUAGUUGAGGAUAUCAGGCAUGGAGCCGGAGAUCGCUACGGAGCCGAAAAGCUCACGGAGCUCUGUAAACUGCUGCCUGACAAUGAGGAGGAAUCUCGCCUGAGGAGGUUCAGUGGGGAGCGGAGUUGGCUUGGGGAGCCUGAUCUUUUCAUGCUCCUGCUGGUGGAAGUCCCCAGUUUUCGCCUACGUUUGGACGCCAUGAUCCUACAGCAAGAGUUUGACCCUGCUCUGACCUCUCUGUGUGUGGCAGCCAGAUGUUUGAGGGAGGCGGCCAGAGAACUGCUGAGCUGUCCAGAACUACACUCCAUCCUCCGUUUGGUGCUUAAAGCAGGGAACUACAUGAACGCUGGUGGAUACGCGGGGAAUGCAGCUGGAUUCCGAAUAUCAUCGCUACUCAAACUGGCUGACACCAAAGCAAACAAACCCGGCAUGAAUCUGCUGCACUUUGUCGCAAUGGAAGCUGUGAAAAAGGAUCAGAGUUUACUGUCAUUUCCUAGCCAACUGGGCCAUGUUGGCCCCGCCUCAAGGUUGAGUGAGGAGUCCGUGUUGGAGGAUUUAUCCAAGUUAAAAAGCAGAGUGCUGGCGCUGAAAGUAAAUGUCCAGACGGAGGCAGAAAUUUUGCAGCUUACGCAACCUUUCCUGGAGAUGACAGAGGAACGUCUAAAGGAGGCCGAGGAUGAAGUUGAGGGAAUGAGGAUGUCAAGUAGAGCGCUUGUGGAUUUUUUCUGUGAGGAUGACAGCACAUUUAAACUGGAGGAGGCCUGCAGGGUCUUUGACUUAUUUUGCUACCGCUUCCAAAAAGCUGUCAAGGAGAAUGCAGAGCGUGAGCUGAAGGAGAAGAAACGUCUGGAACGUCAGAGAGUGAUUGGGGAAAAGCGCCGCUCUCUGGCUGUGUGCACAGAUCUGGACCUUAGGCUCAGCCUCACCAAAGAGCCUCACGGUCAGGAGAACCAAGAUGAGCUGGAGAAACUCCUGGAGAAGAACUUGAGCUACACCUGGAACCGUCGGAGUCUGAGAAGCUCCGAUCCGCGCAGGUACUCCCAUCACCUGUGCAGUGACAAGAGCUUCCCAGAGCUGGGCAGCAGCCCGACGUCCUUCACUUGUCACUCCAACAGCUCGUCGGAUCACGAGAGCUCCACCGUGCUUUGUAGCUCUCCGGAGAUGGACGGUACUUGUUCUCCCGUUGGUCAAGCAGGUGUAUUGGAUCAGGACAACAGGACUAGUAUGGAGGGUGUUCAUGACACUCAUAUUGCAUCAUAUUCACAACAUGGACGUGGUUUCACGGUUGGGAAACAUGGAUCUAAGAACAUUUCUAUUUCUACAAAUGAAAGUGGACUAACCAUUACCGAGAACACGGAGUAUUCGCCUGUCUUCUGUCGGAAUUCUGCUGCCAUAAAAACCGAUUCACAUUCCCACACCUCCAGUCAUGGACACGGUUUUGGAAAGAGUAAUCCUCUUCAGAACAAAUCUAAUAACACAAGCGAUGACCGGACUACAUCAGUCAGAUUUCAAAGAUCUGAAAAAGAAUGUGUUAACACUCCGGAUAAAAUGGAGUUACCUCCACUAAGUACAUCAAAUGCGACUGCGAUGUCCGGUCCCGAUGAUGCUACGAGAAAGCUCAAUGCAGAAGCGUUGACGACUCUUCCUGUCAAGGACACCUGGAUGCUGCCCAGUCUUCCGGAAUUCAGCCAGUCUCACCCGGAGGAGUGUUCGGAUGUGCCGAGUCCUGAGAGGGAACUUGCAAGGUCGUACUCUCGCGUGGGGGAAACUGUAGAGUGCCACACUCUUGUCAAAGGCCUCCGAUCCUACGACACCCUGUCACCCCCGACGUCUCCGCUCCCGCGUCCCACGCCGAGCCUCUGCUCCAAGUGGAGGAAAGAGCGAGAGGUUGAUGCUCCACCGCCAACUCCAUCAUUAAAAGACGAGAGUGGAGGUUUGAAGCUUCCUGUGCGGAGCGGGGUCAGGGUCAAAAGAGGACUUGGGUCACGUGCCGGACCUGCACAAGCCUGCACAAGCAUCCCAAGGGUGCGCACCAAAACGGAGGGUUCAAAUAUUACCGCCCCAGCCGUGACGCAGUUAGCAGCGCCAAGCCAUCCAACCGGCUCCCGUUUGUCCAUGCGUUCAUCGCCUGUCACUCAACCGACUUCACUCCACGCAAAUGUGAAAAGAAGCAGCAGCACACGUGAGAGGAAUCAGACAAUCAAUGACACACAAUCUUUAGCAAAGUCCCCCCUACACAAAAGGACCUUAGAGAGACCGACAGCAGACAAGGUCUCAAACAGGACCCGGUCCACGUUCAUCAGAGGGAGUCCUCUUCGUGUGUCCAAACGGGUUGCCCCCAACUCGGAGACUCAGACUCCAAUCCAGGCUGCGCCCGCCCACAGCCCCUCAUCCGCCACCGCUAAGACAAUACGCACAACGGAACAGACAAGACAAUCUUCCACCCGGAGCAAAAACCCCAAAACUGCAAACACAAGUGCCUCUGCUGCUACCUCUAAAAUCCCGUCACGAAUUCCCGGUUCCAAAAUGCCUCGACCGACUACAACACAGCCACUGUGGAAGUAAGAAUGAUGCCUUUAUAUACCUGGAAGUCUAUGCAGAUCUACCGCUUUCCUCACGAGGGUCACGGGGGUGCUGGAGCCUAUCCCAUCUGUCUUUGGGCGAGAGGCGGGGUACACCCUGGACUGGUCGCCAGCCAAUCCGCAGUACCCGGAGAAAACCCACACAUGCACCGGGAGAACAUGCAAACUCCACACAGAGAUCGCCGAGGGUGGAAUUGAACCCUGGUCUCCUAGCUGUGAGGUCUACGCGCUAACCACUCGACCACCGUGCCGCCCUCUAUGCAGAUCUGGAUAUUUUUUUAAAACUUGAUAAAUUCUAGAUCUACCACAUUGGCUUUGUAGCUAAACUACUUUUGCCAUGUUAUAUUAUUAUUAUUAUUUUCAUGCACCAGCAUACAAAUAGAUCUUCUUAAUUAAACCCUACCUCCUUUUUUAUGUUCAUUUGUAUCCUUUGCAGGCAAUAGGAUGCAAACUGUAGAGCAGGUAAAACACUCAAUUUGGUGUCUGAACAAACAGCCAAAUGUGCCCAGUCAGAAUACCACUAGUGCGCUUGUUACCGUAAUGAAAAAGUGUAUUCAGUGGCAUGUAGGUAGAAUAUUUUCCAAAACACUGUGAUGCCUAUGCUAUUGUUUUUGUCGGUCUUAAUUGGUACAAAAUUUGUAUCCUUCUGCGGUGAAGCCUCAUUGUUCCGAUGCACUUUUUUAACUGAAGAGGCCAUGAGAAUUUGACUGUUUUGUUGUUUU